CGCAAUUCAAUACUGACAACUUCCAAAAAAAACAUACGGGAAGCUCAACAAGCCCAACCGGGUGCUGUGCCCUUGCGCACCAUGCGUAAUGACAGCAUAGAUGAGAUCUCUGAUGGAGAGGCAUCUGACGAGCCAAAUGACCGUCAAUUAGGACAGAAUUUAUCAUGUCCUGACUGCAAGGCCCGGACUUUCCCCAGUCUCUCCAAGCUUAACAAGCAUAGGAACACCCAUAAUCUGCCAUGUGAAUGCCUAGCAGAAGGUUGCGACAAGCGCUUUGCUCAACGACAGGCCCUCGAUCGGCAUACCCACACCGAGCACGGAGAUACAAAUCGCCCCACAAAGUACUACCACUGCACCGUAGACGGCUGCAAAUAUGCGAGUACAGGCAGACGGAAGAAAUGCUUCGCUAGGGUGGAUCAGGUGAAAGAGCAUAUAAAGAAUUAUGGACACUACGGACCGCACUCUGUAAAUGAGCGCCGUCGACGUCCCCGGAAUGCCCAGCCCAUCGGUGUAAUAAUAAAGGCGGUAUUCGAGGAGUGGAAUCUUGAAUCAAACGGGGCACAGAAUGGAAAUCCACUGCCUCGGAGGAAUAUCCAGUCAUGCGAAUAUAAUCCGCGGAAAACAAACCUCUGGCAUGAAGACGAUACCGCGGAGCUGUAUUUGCGCGGGGAGACGCUGGAAGACAAUGUCUUUAAUUGCGGCUCGUGGCAUCAAUGCUUGGUCCCUGAUUGCUAUUAUCAAGUUCUUUCUCCUGAUGGACUUGGGGUAACGGUGUUUAAAACGGCGAAAGGUUUGCUGGAGCAUUGUCGUCGAGCUCACGAGCUUUCAGGUGAAGGGGCUUCACUAUCAUCGCAUAUCCAGCCACAAGAAGGUGCUGAAAGUAGCAGCGCUUGGGAUUCUAUGGACUUCACAGACAUGUCAACAUGGCAUAAUAUGAAUAACCCGGAGUCGGGAAGCCCCAUUUUUGAGGAUCAGGAAAUGCUCUUCGAAGUCGAAGAUGAAUUUCUAGGAUUUGGUCAACACCCGGGCCAUACUUGGGAAGCUACAGAUAUUCAACCCUCGGAUGAUUCCACUCUCCUUUCUCCUAUAUCAGAUGCUGCACUGGUCUCGUUAUCCCCGCCCCCACCAACAACAUCCUCAUCAAUAAUCAGGUCUGACUCGUGGGUUUCGAUGUCAUACUCCGAUGGCGGCGACAAUGGGGCCUUCACAAGCUCGCCAUCAACCGAUCGCCCUUCUUUUGUGCGACACAAAACCACGGAACCAAGCACAGGGUAGGAUUUCAAGUCUCUCUUUCCAACUCUUAACUUUACAUUCUGAGACACACUUAUAGGAGAUUAAAAUGCGAGAUAAGCACGUGCAACGUAACUUUCCAACGCAAAGGCGACAUGCUCCGCCACGUACAUAGCGUGCACCGCCAAUCCACACCA